AUGGCGCCGUUAGAUCUGGACAAGUAUGUCGAGAUUGCAAGACAGUGCAAAUAUCUACCAGAGAACGAUUUGAAGAGACUGUGUGAUUAUGUAUGCGACCUGUUACUAGAGGAAUCAAAUGUUCAGCCAGUAUCAACUCCAGUCACUGUGUGUGGAGACAUCCAUGGACAGUUUUAUGACCUUUGUGAACUCUUCAGAACUGGAGGACAAGUUCCUGACACAAACUAUAUUUUUAUGGGCGAUUUCGUGGAUAGGGGAUACUACAGUCUAGAGACAUUUACUUACCUGUUAGCAUUAAAAGCCAAAUGGCCAGAUCGCAUCACACUACUGCGUGGGAACCAUGAGAGCAGACAGAUCACUCAGGUCUACGGUUUUUACGAUGAGUGCCAAACUAAAUACGGGAACGCCAAUGCCUGGCGGUACUGCACUAAAGUGUUUGACAUGUUGACUGUCGCUGCUCUGAUCGAUGAACAGAUCCUGUGUGUGCACGGUGGCCUCUCCCCUGAUAUCAAGACCCUGGAUCAGAUUCGCACCAUUGAACGGAAUCAGGAAAUUCCCCACAAGGGGGCAUUCUGUGACCUGGUGUGGUCUGACCCAGAGGAUGUGGACACAUGGGCCAUCAGUCCCAGAGGGGCUGGCUGGCUCUUUGGUGCCAAAGUCACCAAUGAGUUUGUCCACAUAAAUAACCUGAAGCUCAUAUGCAGAGCCCAUCAGCUGGUCCAUGAGGGAUAUAAGUUUAUGUUUGAUGAGAAGCUGGUGACAGUGUGGUCCGCGCCGAAUUACUGCUAUCGCUGCGGUAACAUCGCCUCCAUUAUGGUGUUCAAGGACGUCAAUACCCGUGAGCCUAAACUGUUCCGUGCUGUGCCCGAUUCAGAGAGGGUCAUACCUCCCAGAACAACAACGCCAUACUUCCUCUGAGUCAACGCCCACUUGCCCUCCCCAUGCCGUCACCACCCCUGCUGUUCCCAUCUUCCCACUCCCUCUAUUUCUUUAUUUCAUCUCUCUCCAUCUGUCCUUUUUUUUUCGUUCCCUGCCUUUUUAAGAAAUAAUUUUCUUAAUGCAAUGACAUCAAAUUGAGCCCUCAGUUGAAACUAAAUCUUAUGUCCUCUCUAUUCAGUUUUUGUUUGAUUUAAUUUUAUACAUUUCUUUGUUUAUCUUGUUAGAAAAAUAUACAAAUAACUGAAAUAUGGUUUCAUUUGCUGAGAAUACCAAUUCCAGUGCUAAAUGUCUGUUUGAAUGUGAACCGUUUCUGUAGCUACAACUCCUAUCAGAGACUGAAUUGAUGAAAUGGAGUCAGGCAUGGUGUCACUGGUCCAGGCAUGGAGACAAACCUCAAAUUUAAAUCGAAUAUUUCUGGCAAUGCUCAUUGAAUGUUGAGUUUUAGUUAGUAAGAGCAAGGAAAAUUGGUGGAGAAAUUGUAUCUUGGAACAUAUUUUUCUUUUUUGUCUCCUGUCUUCUGUUAAUUUUAUGGUAUUCCCUCAAAGAUAGCUGCAGUGUCCACUUAAAAAUUUAGCAGGGGUGAAGGAGAGCAGUAUGAGAAAUACACAGGGGUGUGUAUGUAUGUGUGUGAUCCUUUUGUACAUUCAGAAAAUUGUAUUGAUUUUUCUCCUUUUUCUUUCUCAGAUUUGUUGUAUUUUAUUAUGUAGAGACUGCAGCCCAUAUUCCAAUUAAAUAUUGAAAAUAAAUCGUC